GCGUCCUGGGACUCCAUCAGUACAUCUCCUGACACCACCAGUUCACGAUGAAGGUCCUCGCUGCUCUCCUGGCUCUGGCUGGCGUCGCCGCCGCCAACUCCGCCUACCGCUUCUCCGACGGCUACCUCGACGUCCUCGGCGCUGAGCCCGUCCAGAACUUCGACUGCGCCGGCCGCGCUUACGGAUACUACGCCGACGUCAGCAGCGACUGCCGCGUGUUCCACGUGUGCCUGCCCGUGGCUGACGACCUGGGCGAUGUCGUCGAAACCGCCCAGUUCUCCUUCUUCUGCGGCAACCAGACCGUGUUCAGCCAGGAGUCCCUCACCUGCGCCCACUCCGAGGAGGCCUUCCCCUGCGACCAGGCCGAGACCCUCUUCGACGCCUCCAACGCUGGCUUCGGCAUCAUCCCCGAGGAUGUGAAAUAAGGCUCACGCCGCUAGACACUCGCCCUAAAUCUUUAUUUUCCACUUCUAUAUGUUUAUAUUUCCUCUUUCCUAUCGAAAAUAGCAAUAAAAAAUGCAUAUCUA